AUGUUCUCGAGACAGGCCCUGCUCCGCUCAGCUCGUGCUGCAGCUCCCUCGCGGGCGAUUGCCUCGCAGGCACGCUUCUACGCCGCCCCCGCCGCCGCCGAGGCCGUCAAGCCUCCCGUCGCCCUCUUCGGCGUCGAUGGCACCUAUGCCACUGCCCUGUACACCGCGGCCGUCAAGUCCUCCUCGCUCGACCCGACCGCCACCGCCCUGAACAAGCUGGGCGGCCUGGUCACCCAGGACGCGAAGCUGGCCGCCAUCCUCGACGCCCCGACCCUGACCCCCGCCGACAAGUCCGCCAUCAUCGCCGAGCUCGAGAAGACCGCCGGCUCCAACGCCACCGUCAAGAACUUCCUUCAGACCCUUGCCGAGAACAACCGCCUGGGCCUCCUCGGGGGCGUCUGCACCAAGUUUGGCGAGCUGAUGAGCGCUGCGCGCGGCGAGGUCGAGAUGACGGUUACGAGCGCUACGCCGCUGGACAACCGGACCCUGAGCCGACUUGAGACCGCCGUGUCCAAGUCCUCCUAUGUCGGCCAAGGCAAGAAGCUCAAGGUCACCAACGAGGUCAACUCUGACAUCAUCGGCGGCCUGGUUGUUGAGAUCGGAGACCGAACCAUCGACCUCUCUGUCUCUUCCAAGAUCGCGAAGAUGAACAAGCUCCUGACCGACACCCUGUAA